AUGGAGUUCUCCCUCAUAUCAGCUGGAUCCGAUGCGAAAAUUUACAAGUGCGUUUUCAUCGGGAAGGAGGCAGUGAAGAAGGAGAUUUUCCGAAAACAUUAUCGACACAAAAAAAUCGAUGCGAAGAUCCGAAAAUUAAGAGUUUCUAACGAAAUAAAAUUCACAAAAAAGCUAGCCAGCAUAAACAUAGAUGUACCGAUUCUCUACUUUGUAGAUGUGAAUGAAAAAAGUUUGUAUCUAGAAUUUGUCAAAGGGUUCACCAUUAAUCAGAUUCUUAAAAAUGUAAAAGAAUACGAACCCAAUAUUCCUAGAUGCAUAGGCAAGGUGCUAGCGAAAAUACACAAUGGGAAUAUAAUCCAUGGUGACUUCACAACGUCUAACUUGAUUUUGAGGAAUUCCUACAUUGGUGAUGGAUGUACCAUUUUGGAUUCGGCUACUGGGUUGCCUUACCAGUUGGACGACGCGGACUCGAUACCGCUCUGCGUCAUUGACUUCGGUUUGUCGUUCUUGUCUGCCUCGGUCGAGGACAAAGCGGUCGACCUGUUCGUCCUUCUGAAGGCCAUCAAAAGCUUCCAUAGCGAGUUCGCUCUCCUGGAGGAGGACAUCCUCUCAGGGUACCAAACCAAAUCAAACAACUUUGACGAAAUAAAGAAGAAAUUAGAAAUAGUCAAACAGAGAGGACGCAAGAGACCCAUGUGUACUUUGGUGGAACACGCUUGAGGGCACCUAUUCAUCGGUUUUUACACACACUAACCUCUCACUCCGUAGUAAUAUCUUUGUGUGCAUACGUGGUGACGCAUGCUUUUGCUCCCCCCCGGAAAGGUGUUGCUUUCCUC